UUAUUAUCGUUUCGCGCAGUUAGUCGCUCCAUGAUAUAAAUAGCUAUCGUUUCGCGCCAAUUCUCCCUCCUUCUCCGUCUCUCUGAAACCCUAACGCUCACUGCCAUGUCCCAAAUCAACGACCUAGGGUUUCGCAGAGACAUUGAUUGAAGCUCCUAAUUCUCAAGACUCCAACGAAAACGGAAGACCUUCGACAAUGGGCGAGCCUCGCGCUAAGCGCCCCAAGAUCACAAGAGGGGAAGAUGAUUAUAUGCGUGGAAAUAUAAUUGAGAUUGAGCUCCACAAUUUCAUGACCUUUAAUCACCUGAAAUGCAAGCCAGGAUCACGCCUCAACCUUGUAAUUGGGCCAAAUGGAUCUGGGAAGAGCUCUCUCGUAUGUGCCAUUGCACUUGGUCUUGGCGGUGAGCCUCAGCUACUUGGGAGGGCAACAAGUAUUGGAGCAUAUGUGAAGCGUGGAGAGGAGUCUGGUUAUGUUACAAUUUUGCUAAGAGGGGAUACUAAAGACGAGAAGAUCACCAUUAUGCGUAAAAUUGAUACUCGUAAUAAGUCUGAGUGGUUGUUCAAUGGAAAAGUAGUACCUAAGAAAGAUAUUGCCGAAAUCAUUCAAAGGUUCAACAUCCAAGUCAACAAUUUGACUCAAUUUCUACCACAAGACAGGGUCUGUGAGUUUGCCAGAUUAACUCCUGUGCAACUUCUAGAAGAGACUGAAAAGGCUGUUGAUCCUCAACUUCCAAUCCAACAUCGUGCCCUUGUUGAAAAAAGCCGCGAGCUGAAGAAUGUUAAGCUAUCAGUUGAGAGAAAUGGAGAAACUUUGAAUCAGUGGAAGGCACUUAAUGCUGAACUAGAAAAAGAUGUUGAGCGUGUCCGUCAAAGAGAAGAACUCCUAGUGAAGGUUGAGUCCAUGAAAAAGAAAUUACCCUGGCUGAAGUAUGACAUGGAGAAGGCCAAAUAUAUGGAGUCUAAGGAGCGAGAAAAGGAUGCCAGGAAAAAGUUGGAUGAAGCUGCAAAAACUUUAAAUGGCCUUAGAGAACCAAUUGAGAAACAAAAGAAGGAGAAAUCAGUGUUGGAAGCUAAAUGUAAAAAAAUUAGCAGCCACAUGGAUGAAAAUUUGAAAAAACGUGUUGCACUUGUGGAAAGUGAAAGCCAUUUGGGGGUGCAAGUACGAGGGAAAUACAAUGAAAUGGAAGAUUUGAGGAGGCAAGAAGAAUCUCAUCAACAAAGAAUCUUAAAAGCUAAAGAGGAUCUUGCUACAGCUGAACUAGAAUUUGGAAAUCUGCCGCUUUUUGAACCUCCAAAGGAUGAACUAGAAAAAUUAGGUGCUCGCAUUCUUGAGCAAGAAGAUUCUGCUAAUCAGAAGAGGUAUCAAAAGUCAGAGAAGGAAAGACUUUUAUCUCAAAAAAAAUUGAGCCUCAGGCACUGCCUAGACAGGCUGACAGAUAUGGAGAAUACACAUAAUAAAUGCCUGCAGGCACUAAAAAAAUCUGGAGCUGAUAAGAUAUUUGAGGCCUAUCAGUGGUUGCAAGAACAUCGAGAUGAGUUCAAUAAGGAGGUGUAUGGUCCAGUUUUGCUUGAGGUUAAUGUCUCAGAUCGGGUUCAUGCAGACUAUUUAGAAGGUCAUGUCCCAUAUUACAUUUGGAAGUCUUUCAUAACUCAGGAUCCUGGUGAUCGGGACUUUUUAGUAAAAAAUCUACGGUUAUUUGAUGUUCCAGUCUUAAAUUAUAUGGGGGAUGGUCGUCCAAAUUUGCCCUUUCAACUUUCUGAGGAGAUGCAUUUGCUUGGCAUCUAUUCUCGGCUUGACCAAAUUUUUGAUGCUCCUAAUGCUGUCAAGGAGGUUUUGACUGGUCAAUGUGGUUUGGAUCGUUCAUAUAUAGGGUCCAAGGAAACUGAUCAAAAAGCUGAUGAGCUUCUAAAGUUGCAUAUUUUGGAUUGUUGGACACCUGAAAAUCACUAUCGGUGGUCUAAAUCUAGAUAUGGUGAUCAUUUUUCCGCUAGUGUAGAACCCGUGAAUCGUUCAAGUCUUCUUUUGUGUAGUUUGGAUUUGGGGGAAAUUGAAGUUAUGCGGUCUAGGAAAAAGGAGCUGGAAGAAUCUGUUGCUGCUUUUGAAGGAAGUCUUAAAUCACUUCAGAGUGAGCUAAGAUACUUAGAGGAUGAAGCAGCUAAACUUCAUAAACAGCGGGAGGAGAUUAUCAAGAUUUCACAGCAAGAGAAGAGAAAACGGCGUGAAAUGGAAAACCUUAUCGCUCAGAGGAGAAGAAAAUUAGAAUCCAUGGAAAAGGGGGAUGACCUAGAUACUGUUAUGGCAAAGCUUAUCGAUCAAGCUGCAAAAUGUAACAUUCAGAGGUUUCAUCGUGCAAUUGAACUUAAGAACCUACUUGUUGAGGCUGUUUCUUACAAACGAAGUUUGGCAGAAACACACAUGUCAUCCAUUGAAUUUGAUGCAAAGAUUAGAGAUUUGGAAAUUGGUCUCAAGGAGCAUGAAAAGUUUUCCAUGCAAGCAUCACUGCACUAUGAAUGUUGUAAGAAGGACGUAGAGGGUUGUAGACAGCAGCUGUCAGUUGCCAAGAGGCAUGCAGAAUCAAUUGCCAUUAUCACUCCAGAACUCGAAAAGGAAUUUCUUGAGAUGCCUACUACGAUUGAGGAAUUGGAAGCUGCAAUUCAAGAUAAUGUUUCUCAAGCCAAUUCUAUUCUUUUUCUAAACAACAAUAUUUUGGAAGAAUAUGAACACCGAAAGCGUCAGAUAGAAGCUCUUGCAACAAAACUUGAAGCCGAUAAUGAGGAACUGAUGAGAUGUUUAGCUGAGGUAGAUAACCUGAAGGAAAAUUGGCUUCCUACAUUGAGAAAGCUUGUUGCUCAGAUAAAUGAGACUUUCAGCCGAAACUUUCAAGAGAUGGCUGUUGCAGGAGAAGUUUCAUUAGAUGAGCAUGGCAAGGACUUUGAUCAAUUUGGAAUACUUAUAAAAGUCAAGUUCAGGCAAGCAGGACAGCUUCAAGUUCUCAGCGCCCACCAUCAAUCUGGAGGGGAGCGGUCAGUUUCGACCAUUCUUUAUCUUGUUUCUCUUCAAGAUCUUACUGACUGCCCAUUUAGGGUGGUUGAUGAGAUAAAUCAAGGGAUGGACCCUAUAAAUGAAAGAAAGAUGUUCCAGCAAUUAGUGAGAGCCGCCAGCCAACCAAACACUCCUCAGUGUUUCUUACUUACCCCGAAGUUGCUUCCCGAUUUGGAGUACAGUGAAGCAUGUAGUAUUCUGAAUAUAAUGAAUGGGCCUUGGAUUGAGCAGCCCUCGAAAGUAUGGAGCAGUGGAGAUUGCUGGGGAACUGUCACAGGUUUACUAGGAGAAAGUCGAUGCUAGAAUAACAAUCUAAGGUUAAAACUUUCGUUAAAAGGAAGAAUAUAGAGCAACUAUUGUAAUCCAUCUGAAGCGAGCCCUCUUUUGUCCCGUAUCAAAUGGUUUUUGUGAAGUGUUUCAGAUUUUUAUUGCGUAUGCAUGUGUAACUUAGUUCCUUUUGCCUCUGUGAUGAUCCUAUAUAUAUAUAUAGUUGCUGUUAUGCUCCUUCA